GAGACAACCUUUUCUUUCCUCCCACUGCCUCGUCUAAGGGGCUCUGCGCUGCAGCCCGGGAGCUGUAAGGCUGCCUGCCACCCGUGGCCAGCGCCGUGGCCAGCAGAGGUUCCUCUCCAAAGCGCCUCUGCGUCUCGUCUCCCCGGCUCCGAUCGGCUCCGAGCACCCCCCGGCUCGGGUCCCCGGAAUUGCGCGCCUGCGGGUCCCGGGGAAGAAGAGGGUCCUGUGAAAGCAUCUCCAGGAGGCCUCCUCUGGGUGCCCCAUCGAGGAGGCGGCCCUCCAGCUAGCUGCCACAGAGUCGACCUCGGACCCUGAGGAGAUGGCUUUGCUCAGCAACAUCCUCGCUGCCUAUUUCUUUGUCUCAGAGAACCCUGAACGAGUGGCUCUAUACUUUGUCUCCGGUGUAUGCAUCGGACUGGUCCUCACCCUGGCAGCCUUGGUGACGAAAAUAUCUUGCCAAACAGACUGCCGGCGGCGCCACCGCAGGAGGAAGUUCCAGCAGGAUGGGGCGAGCAGCAGCGACAGCAGCGACAGUGAGGACGGCAGUUCGGACACAGCAUCGGACAUCUCGGUGCGGAGACACCGACGCUUCGAGAGGACUCUGAACAAGAAUGUCUUCACCUCGGCAGAGGAGCUGGAGCGUGCCCAGCGUCUGGAGGAGCGCGAGCGCAUCAUCAGGGAGAUCUGGAUGAAUGGGCAACCCGAGGUGCCCGGGACCAGGAGCCUGAACCGCUACUACUAGGGACUGGCAGAUGUCUGCACUGCACCAAGCACUGCCUGAAGCCACCUGGAAGAAAAAGAAGCCUGGGGAGGAGGGGGAAAAGGGGAGCACAUUGGGCUAAACCCCAGUUCUGUGAUUAGGAUUGCUCAUUGGCAUUCUGAGCAUUCCUUUCUCCAUUUGGACUAAAGGUAGAAUUGAAACAGGAAAACUCCAGGUGGAUCUUCAAUCUUUCCAGGUCUUAGAAUUCAGGUGCUGAAAACAAACAAACAAACAAACAAGAAAACCUUCU